GAACAGCUGUACUUCAUGACAGCUGUCAAAGACGUGAGAAAUAGAAAAUAAGAAUUUCGACAUAAAUUUACAAGUGUAAAAUGACCUUAUUACAGAGCAAUAAUUUAUGUUCGUUUAACAAUCAAGUUUUGAUUGAAAAAAUGGUAAAAACUGGGAAAAUGAUUUGAUUGGUGCGAUGGUUGUGAACGAUUGAUGGAUUUCGCGAGCGAAUGCGCAGAGAAGGGAUUUCUGGGUCGAUAGACAAUUUCUGACAAUUUCACUCUGCGGAGUAAAAGAGAAGGCAUAAAGCAAACCGUGAUGGAAGCUGCUCGACGUCGAGGUCGAAUUUCAUUUGAAUAAAUAAUCGAGCUUUCGCUACUUGGUGAUAAAUUGGAAGCUCAAGAAUCCGAUUCCAGUGUUAUAUUAUGGGAAGAAGCGUUUUCGAGAUUCAUUUUAAAUCAAGAAGGUCUUUCAAAAGGUUAAAUAUCUUCAGAGAAGGUGUCACAGAUUUUUGGUUAGAUCGGGCUGCCGAGGAUCCUGGAGAGCGAUUCAAUUUUGAAAAAAAUGGGGCUUAACAAUCUCAUUUAUUGGUAUCAGAAAAAAAUUGGAACUUACGACAAGCAACAAUGGGAAAAAACAGUCGAGCAACGAAUUUUUGGAGGAUUUACUCACGUUCCCAUGAGAACUGCAAAACUCAAAACCGAAUUUAUCGACGUAGAUCUCGUAAGAGGUUCGUCUUUUCCAAAGGCUAAGCCAAAACAUGGAUUAAGAACCGUUGCCUGGUUGGCAUUAAAAAGACUUUUAUUUCUUCCUCUCAAUAGUCGUUGGUGGAUUCAACAAACAAGUCGUCACACCUACGCUUUUUUUCUUCUUCUUUAUAGUCUUCAGUUCCUAAAUAGCUUUAUAUUCUACCACUUUGUUAACAGGGAAUCCGAGUCUGAUGUCAUAUCUAGUUCGGAAGUGCUGAUACCAAUUGCAAUGAUGCUGACUUUGUGUAUUGUGCAUUCGCAAAUUGUUUCAACUCAUUCGGGACCUUCAUUAACAAAUGGAGAAAACAAACACAGAUCUCGUCGAUCUAGACACGGAAGAAAUCGAUUUAGCAAGACAAGAGUGAGAAGAAAUUUACGAACCAACACUGAUUAUAAAUCAGAUCCUGUCUCUGAAAAAGGAAGUGCCAUUAGUGUAGAAGUUUCCUCUUCAGUUCGAUUUGCCAAAAAAGUUACCAUCGAAAGCACCGCCACUGCUAGUCCAAAAAAAGAUGAUACGUUGCAAGGACAAACUGAUGCUGAAUUGAAAGUGGAAAGUUCCCCAUCAUUCGAUGAAAUUCAGAGUCCUUUAGUGGAAGAACGACCAGAUCCCAUUGAGGAAAUUCCGGAAAAUGGAAACGUCGUUCAUCAAGACGACGACGGUUUCGAAAGCCUAAAUGGCAACGUAUCCAGCGAUAAUGAAAAAGAAGCAGCUGGACCUGCAAUUGAAAAGAAAGCUAAAAAGCCCGAGCCAAAAACGAACGUUGUGGAAAUAACAGAACAGGAGUUUUCAGUAUCUCGACGCUUUUCUGCACCCGAUGCUUCGAAAAAGUGUGGAAAUUAUUCCGAUAGUGAUGGAGAUGACUGCAAUAGUUUGAAGGGAAGAGAUAUUCCGUCUGCGGCGGGAUCGAGAAAAACUGUCCAAGAAUGCGAGAGUGAAGAGGAAGGCGAAUGUGAAGAAUUGGUGACGAAUAAUUUUACUGAGGCGACUACUUCUGCUACUGAGUGGUUGGGAGUCACAACAAAUAGCGACGAAUGCAGCUACAGUUCCGAAUUUGAAGAAUCUGACCUUCACAGCGAGACGAAUUUAAACUGCAGUGAAUUUGUAGAACAUCCAUUCUCCUGGGAAUUUGAACUUCCACCUUCUAUUUUGUUGAGUUCAAGUUGCGCUGCUUCUGAUCGAGUUUCAUGCACGAUUUGGACUCGUCGUGAUAUUAAAAAAGCAGAGCUUUCGGUCCUCGACAUAAGUUCUGCAAUUAUAGAAAGAGUAGAAUCGAUGCCAGAGAGUAUGGAUUAUUUUUACGGAGGCCUGGUGCUUGCUGUGAUGCUUUCUCUGAUGCCUUCUAUUAGAAGAUUGACUGAUCGAGUUAGUCCGGAAGCUUUUAAUAAUUCUUCAAGUGCUGAAUUGACCUACGAUUUAAGUUUUGUCAACGUGGGAAUUUACACAGAUAUUCUCUGCAAAAUGAUCGAUCUGGCAUUUGGGUCUAAUUUUUGGGAGCGAACAGUGAUUUUGAUAUCAGGAUUUGAAAGACUUGUUCUUUCCUCCCUUCUUUUUUUCUUGCUUGUAGUCGCUGAAAGAACUUACAAACAGCGUUUGCUUUACGCGAAAUUAUUUUCACAUCUUACUUCAUCUAGGCGUGCAAGAAAAUCAGAUCUUCCCCAUUUCAGAUUGAAUAAAGUUCGCAAUAUAAAAACGUGGCUCAGCAUCCGCUCAUACUUGAAGAGAAGGGGACCUCAACGUUCGGUGGACGUUAUCGUCUCUUCAGUAUUCAUUAUUACUCUGCUUUUACUCUCAUUUAUUAGCUUGGAACUCAUCAAAGACCUGGAAAGUUUACACUCGCGAUAUAAUGUCGAGGCUUUGUUCUGGAGUUUCGCACUCGGAAUGUUUGUUCUCCGCUUUAUGACUUUGGGAACAAAAAUUAACAAAAAGUACAGAAAUCUUUCGGUACUUAUUACAGAACAGAUCAAUCUCUAUUUGCAAAUAGAGCAGAAACCACAUAAGAAGGAUGAGCUAAUGGUAGCAAAUAGUGUUUUAAAAUUGGCGGCUGAUUUAAUAAAGGAAUUGGAAAGUCCCUUCAAAAUCUCAGGACUCUCUACAAAUCCCUAUCUCUACACAAUCACCAAAGUUGUUUUACUCUCAGCUUUAUCUGGAGUCCUCUCCGAGCUUUUAGGAUUUAAGUUAAAAUUGCACAAAAUCAAGAUCAAGUAAUAAAAUCGAAAAUCGCUUUCAAAAAUCUGCACGUACUCACUAUAUUGGUGCACAAAACUACUGACUACCUCAAAAAUUUAAAAUACAUUUGACUAGUAUUAAAAUUUUCGAAAUCUUUAAUCUGAAAUUGCAAUCCAGACUUAAUUUUCUAUUAAUUUUUCUCUCGCGCUGAUUAAACAAAUUGCUAUCAAUAAUUUCAGUUCCUAAACUCGCUGGGGGAAAAAAACACUUUCUGAAAUAUGAAUAGAAAAGUCAGAAUGGUUUUGUAAUUAUUUUGUAAGAAGGUUUUUCAAAAAGUCGAUAAAGUUGAGGAGGCGCAGCGAUAAAAAAAUCAAGGUUGUUAAAAAAUUACUUAAGUGUUUUUGAUAUAACAAUGUAAAAAAUCAGUGAUGGGAAAUAACAAGUUUCUUUUAACUAGUUACAUUUUUUCAGUAAAAUUAACUUAAAAACUCGUUACUUUUUUAGUGACUUUCGAAUAUAGAUUUAUCAAAUAUAAAGAAAGCAGUUUUCGAAAGAAAAAAAUUAAUGUCAA